AUUUUCCCUCGGACGUGUGUGUGAGUGAUCCAUAUAUAGAAGCGCCCCCACAUUCACCAACACAAAUACAAACCCGACACGGAUAUAUACGCAGCACGGGGCGGGAGCCGGACACUUUUUGUGCUUGACUAUCCCGGAUAACCUGUUACGAUUAGUUUCGGCUCUUUCGAGGAUUCGCUUUUCCUUGAAUUUUUUAUUAUUGUUUUAUUUUUUGUGCGCGCUCGGCCUACAAAUCCAAAUUCAUCAUGCCUGGUCGUCCCCUUUGGCAGGUUGCUGGUAAACGAGAGGUGGAAAAGGAAGCGGAAGCCCAACAAUGGAUCGAAAGAGUCAUUGGAGAAAGAUUCCCCCCAGGCUUUGCCUAUGAAGAUGCUUUGAGAGAUGGUGUCAUUUUAUGCAGACUCAUGAACAAACUUCAACCUGGUAUCAUUACAAAAAUCAACACGUCUGGCGGAGAUUACAAGAUGAUGGAUAAUCUUAAUCAAUUUCAAAAAGCGUGUGUCAAAUACGGAGUGCCGGACGUCGAUCUUUUUCAGGCAGUGGAUUUAAUGGAGCGUAAAAAUAUCGCUCUUGUGACCAACACUAUAUUUGCUAUUGGACGCGCGACUUAUCGCCAUCCAGAAUGGCGUGGUCCAUGUUUGGGACCAAAACCAUCAGAAGAAAACAAACGCUAUUUCACGGAAGAUCAGUUAAGAGCAGGAGAAGCAGUGAUUGGUCUUCAAGCUGGAUCCAACAAAGGAGCAACUCAGUCUGGUCAAAGUUUCGGUGCUACAAGAAAAAUCCUUCUCGGAAAGUAAAGGAUUUUUUUCCUUACACAAAUUAUUAUACUCAAAAUAUUUAUGUUUCUUAACACCUAAUAUUAUUUUCCUCGAAUAUAUUGUUUAAAUUGUUAAAUGAAUCUUCUACAUGAUAAAAAUAAUACUAAAUUCACAUAAAAAAGUGGUUCCGUGAAAUCGUGGCUCAAGUAAAAUUUGGCAUCCUUUGGAACUUAGAUUCUAAAGGAAGUCCUAUUGAGUUUUCAUUUUUAGUUCGUUGAUGUUCGAUAUACGGCCAAUUACGGGUGCCGCACUUUUCAACUGCGCAUGCGCUGAAAAGCGCGGGUAUAUUAUAUAAUUUUAAACUUUCCCGCGCUUUUUGGUACAUGCACAGUUAAAUACGUCAGAUUUUGAACAUAACCUUAAAAACUGUCGCACUUCAUUGGAAUGAUCAUCCUUUUAAGAGGUAUAUAAUUUUAAUUUCUUUAUUCAUUAAUUUUUUGUGCAAUAUUAUACAAUCCAAAUUAUAAAGUAAAAUUUCCAUAGUUAACUUGUAAAAUUUUUUGGAGCCAAAAAUUAAUUCUAAUAGAAACCCCAGUUUUUCUGUGAAAUUGUAUGCCAAAGAAUACCAUAUUUUGAAAUUGUACCUCGAAACUUAUAUAUAAUAUAAAAAAUAUUUGUGCAGAUCACAAUAACUAUAUGGAUUGUAAUUUUAUGAGACGAAUAUUAUAAAUUAUGCCAUGCUGUCAAAAA